AUGACAUGUGCUACCCCCAGCACUGCUCCGAAAGCAGCCACGCAAAGGACACCCCCGAGCAGUGUUCCAACAGCCGCCACGCAGGACACGUUCAUGGAAGGCGCAACCCCAUGUUCUGGUCUCCCGCCCACCCAGCAAGCAGACACGAAAGGCGUAACCCCAGCCCCUACCAAGACAGAGGCGGCCUCACUUGCUGCAAACCACUUCUCUCCUUCAUCGCAAGAAGCGCUGUUGAAAGCCGCAAUCGCAAAGAUCGAAGAGUUGCAGAAGGAGGUUCAAGAUUUGAGGAGCGUGCCAGCUACUCGAAGGUCCCUGAGCACAGCCCUGGAGGCAGCCAAGGAGCAGGAGAAGGCCGAGGACGAUGACGAUUGUCAGGGGGCCGACGACGCCAGUCCUGAGCAGGAUGUGGUCUGCACUCCCGAUGGUAUUCGAGUCUUGAGUUUUGACGCAUUGCGGAUGCGCCUUAAGAGGCUAUGUCAAAAGAGGGGGUCGAAGGGUGCUUGCCACGUGGACGACAGCGUCCACGAGGACUGGGCAUCUGGUGGUGAGAAAAGGGAAUGGCUCGAGAUUGCCCUUCUCGAGGCAAUCAAGCAGGCUGCGUUUCAGCGUCGGGUCGUGGUGGUGCGGGAACGGAUGGAGUCCAAGGAGCGGGAAAUCCACGGUGAGUGGAUGACGGAAGAGAAGAUGAACAAGUGUGGAGAGUUUUCCCCGUCUUCCAUCCGUUCCAUCAUUACGUAUUGCAAGCGCUUUCCGCAGACACUCAUCAGGCCGGCACCAUGUGUUUUCCUCUCACUAUGUACAGGCCCAAGCCUCUCACGGAGCCCCAUUUCUGAUCCUGGGCAGGAAAUGGAAAUACAACGCUUCUAUCAGCGAGUUUUUUGUGGAGACGCAGACAAAGGCCAUCGUCCGACAGGCGGAGUCUACUAG